AUGCAUUUAAAAUCAACUUAUCCCGAUCAAAUAUCACCAUCACAUCAAACACAAUCAUCAUUGACAACAACCAUGGCAACAAUCACACAACCUUCAUCAUCAUUAGAUCUCCAUUCAACUAUACACAAUCAACAAUGGUUUUGUUCACAAUGUAAUCAAAAAUUUCCUAAUAUUCAACAAUUUCAUUUACAUUUUACACAAAUUCAUCAUUCCAGUGUGUCAGAAUUGAACACAUUGAAUUUCACUAGCGGUAAUAUGAUGAACAAUAAUAAUACUUCGACAACUAGUUCCUUAUUACCGUCAUCGUCAUCCACAUCGUCAUCGUUACCAAUGUCAUCAACCGGGAUCCAGUCGGAACCAAUGAAUCAUAAUACCCUGUUGACCAAUCAUCGUUCAUUGCUUACUGGUAACAAUAAUACUAAUAACAGUAGUAUUGAUAGUAGUAUCGACAGUAGAAUGCCAAUAUUCAAUGAUUAUUAUUAUCAGUAUUAUGAUUGGUUAAAAUCAAAUUAUCCUCCAAAUGCAUUGAUUGGUCCAACCAAUUUUACAGCAUUUGCAACGGCUGCUGCUGCCGCCGCCUCCGCUGUGGGUGCGGCUGCGGGUGCUGCUGGUGCUUACAAUGAAAUGCCUUCAUUAAAACAAAUUGAACCAGCAUUGAUGAUGAAUGAAUUCAAUGCGAAUUUAUUUCAUUCACCUAUUGAAGAAACAUUGAACACCAUUGUGACUACCACUUCUACUUGUAAUACUACUCACAUUAGCAAUAGUAGUAGUAGUAUUAAUAGUAGUAUUGGUAUAUCAAUGAAAAAUAAUCGAAAUCAAAUGGAACCAACAGAACGGAGAAAACGAUGCAAAGAAUCUUUGUAUCCUCCACCACCAAAUAAGCCAUGUUUAUUAUCUGAAGCGAAACGUACAAAAUUUGAACAAAAUGAAUUGAAUCAUGAAAAACAAGUUGUCCAAUCUUUACUCUCUCUCUCUCUCAUCCAACAUCAAUCAUGGCCAAAUUCGAAUUCAUCAACAACAAAAAAUAAAUAUCCUCGGGAUAAUUGA